AUGGCCCUCUGGAGCUCAGUAAAAGACAAAAUUUUGCCUCCAUCAGGCCCAACAGGUAAGAAACGCAAGGGCUCGAACAAAUCAAGACAGCAGACAGCCAAACCCAAGGAGAACACCAAGCACGCAAAGGCGGCUACCAGUGGUGGUAAACAAAGAGGCAAUCGUAGCACUGGUGGUACAGAUGCCAGUCGUCACAGCUUUUAUAGCGCUGGUGACAAAUGCGAGAGCUAUUAUGACAGCUGCGAUACUAGUAAGCACCCGAAUGAUGAGGUGCAGAACUUUCACAAAGUUAGAGCCCAUGAGCGAGGAAAGCAGGAGAGGAAUAAAGAGGAGAGCAGGAAGCAGAUGGGGUACGGUAGCGAGAGUUCUAGAUUUUGGGAUGAGUAA